GGGGAGCACAGCACAGCACGGCACGGCUCCGCACGGCACGGCUCCGCUCCGCUCCGCUCUCCCGCCAUGGCAUCCAAGUGCCCCAAGUGCGACAAGACCGUGUAUUUCGGUGAGCGCGUCCACGGCUCCCCUCUCCACCCCCCGCGCGUCCCCGCAGCGCAGCGCAGCGCAGCGCAUCCCCUGCCCUGCCCUGCCCGCCCCGGUGCCGUACAACGGGUGGGGGCCGCGUCCCGCUGUCCGGAGGGGGAUCCGUCCCACAGACCGUGGCGAGGGUGGGCUCGGUGGGGAGGAGCGGAGGGGGGCAGGUGCGAGCGCACCGAGACGCUCCCGUAGCGCCGGGCCAGGUGUGCGCUUCGCCUCCCGCGGGCGGCGGUUCGGGUUUCUGCGGUGCUUUGUCAGAGGGUUCGGUGCCGGCUCCGCCCGGGUGGGCGCUCAGUCCCGGCCCUGCGGGAAGCGGGGCGGCCCCGGGGCCAUCCCGGCUGUGGGGUCCCCCCGUACCCACCCCCCGGUUCCUCGGCGCGCUCGUUGGGCGCAGAAAGGCCGGCGGUGCCCGCGCGGUGGAGGCACCGGGAGCCUUCAUUCCUUCCCGGCCAUCUCCAAGUAAACACAGAAAUAGGAAUUUGCUCUCUUCCUCCUUUAAAUAAACCUAUUUGUGGGGGGGGGGGGGGAGGCGGUGGGAACGGCUCGGCCUCAGACGUUUCUCCCCGUGUGAACUUUUUCCUUUUGAAGCAGAAAAUAGCCCGCUGGGCACGGCCCGGGGUCAGCGCUCCUCCUGUCCCGGGGGGGGCAGGGGGUGCAGCCCCGACCUCCGUGGCUGCGGGGGGCUCGGAAGUCCCUGAGGCCGCGGGGCGGUACGGGGCACGUGCCACCGUCCUGCUUCCAGCAGCGUGCCGGGGGCGGCGGGCAGCCCCUGCCGGUGCCCCGUUGGUUCCCCUCUCCCGUCCCCUCCGGGGAUACGGGGACCCGCGGGAGGGAGGGGGCGGCGGCACCUUCCCCCCAUCCUACGAUGGAGCGUGGGGAACCGGAGCGGGAGCCGGCCGGAAACUUCUCUCCCGUGGCUCGAACAGCCUGCGGCGCGCGCUCCUGAUGUCCUCGGUUUCCCCUUUGGGAACCGCCCAGGCUCCCAUGGAAUAAACCCAGCUCGGUUUAUUUAACGCACGGAAGGCAAGUGAGCGCUCUGCGCGAGGCCACGAGCUGCUCCGCGGGCUGCCGGCAGCACAGAGCCGGGCACGGAGCAGGGUUACCCGCUGGCAGGGCAUGGCACAGCCGAGCAUCCCUCGGCCCCGGCAGGCGGGCGGUGAUCCCCAGCGCCCCUCUCGUCAGCGCAGGUACCCGCGGGCGGGAGCUCGUGGGGCCGCGGCUGCGGGUCACGCGUGGGAAACGCCCCCAUAUCCCAUUGCCGGCCCCACGGCCAACCGAAGCCAACAGCGGUGGGUACCGAUGGAAAACUCAUUUCCAGCCCAGCCCGCCUGUUGCUCCGCGCUCCUUGGAAAAAUCCAGAGACUCCUCCCUGCACUCAGAAGGAUGUGGGCGUUUCCUGAGCUGCAGAAUGAGCUUUUUUUUUUUUUUUUUGGCCUUUAAAAAGCACGGGGAAAAUAUAAAAAUAGUCUUCUGGCUCUUUUGUCAGACGGCUUUUGGAAGCUCAGUUUCCAGGCGCAGCGGGGCACGCAGCCGCCUCCCCUCGGUCGGGGCAGCGCGGCGCUGGCAGGUGGCUGCGGUCGGGGCAGGGAGCGCCCGAGGGAUGGGGCUGCAGGGAGCCGCGGUGCCCAGAGCUGUGCUGUGCCACAGUGGGUUCUGCGGGGUCCCGCGAACCGCAGCCGAACCUAUCCGCCUCCGGGCCCCUUUUCCCGGCGGUUGGCAGCACGGUUUGGGAGGUUUCCUGUUUUCCUGUACUGAGCUUCCUGAGCACGGAGCAGCCCAAAGCCCUGGGGAUGCUACGAGCACGUGGGCACGGCGCUGGGCUGCACCCGCCUCGCUCGCAGGGGCUCCAACCGUGGCGGUGGGGCGUGUGGAGGCUGAGCCCGUGCAGGCAGGGCUGCCCUGCAGGAAUCCGGCCGUAGAGGCCGCCCUGCAAUUAAUUAAUCAGUAACCGCUGCCCUCGGCUUGGAGCAGCUCACCCCGGUGAGUGCCCAGUGCGGGUGCGGGGCUCCAUCCCCGCGGCAGCGCUGACAAAGGGCCGCUCGGAGUGCCUGCCCUCCUUAUGCAACCGCUGCCCCGUGUCCUCGGGCGGCCUCUCCGGGAGCAUGCGUGGGCUCUGCAAAACGUUAACAGAGGGCACUCGGCCCCUCGUGGGGUGCGCUGCGGGGGAAGGACGCGGCCGUGGGAAGCUGCCCAUUGCUCCGAGAAGGUCUCGUCCCUGGGUAAGGACUGGCACAAGUUCUGCUUGAAGUGCGAGCGCUGCAACAAGACUCUGACCCCAGGAGGGCACGCUGAGCAUGACGGGAAGCCCUUCUGCCACAAGCCCUGCUACGCAACACUCUUUGGCCCCAAAGGGGUGAACAUCGGCGGUGCCGGGUCGUACAUCUAUGAGAAGCCGCAGAUUGAGGGGCAGAGUGCACCGGGGCCCAUUGAGCACCCAGCCAGGGUGGAGGAGAGGAAAGUGAACGCUGCUCCACCCAAGGGACCCAGCAAAGCCUCCAGCGUCACCACCUUCACCGGGGAGCCCAACAUGUGCCCGCGCUGCGGCAAGAGGGUCUACUUUGCCGAGAAGGUGACCUCGCUGGGGAAGGACUGGCACCGGCCCUGCCUACGCUGCGAGCGCUGCAGCAAGACGCUGACCCCCGGGGGCCACGCCGAGCACGACGGGCAGCCCUACUGCCACAAGCCCUGCUACGGGAUCCUCUUCGGGCCCAAGGGCGUCAACACCGGAGCCGUGGGCAGCUACAUCUACGACAAAGACCCCGAGGCGAAGAACCAGCCCUAGGCGGCCCCGCUCACCUCCCGCACCUACAAGUACCGGAGCAGCCCACGGCCACGGAGCUGUGCUCUCUGCUGUCUCUAUAGAACCUCUGGGUUCUAUACCGUAGUCCCUAAUAUAAGCUUCAGUGUUUAAAGGCAAAGGUAGAAGGCGUCUCUGCUCAUCCCCUGUGCGCUCUGCCCUCCCCAGGACAGGCUGCUGGGGACGGUCACUGCUGUCCCAGUGUGCCACCCAUCCCUCAGCUUCAGGAGAUGCUGUGACACCAGCGGCCCCCCAGCGGCUCAGCUCCUGCAUCCCCAUCCUUGGCAUCCCCCCCCCAAACUCACCCCACUAUGGGGUCCGGCCGCUCCCCGUUCCCAGGGGGGGGCAGAGCGCACUGGGCCCCGAGCCCGAGGUUCCCCGUCGCGGUGUUUAUUUAUGAGCUGUUGUCAUUGUGCUCCCAGCUGUGGGGACACCCCCUCGCCCCGUCCCUGUGCGCACGCUGCUUGCGCUGCCCACCCACCCGGCCGUGAGCUCCCCAGACUUUUGUUAUUUGCUGAUAAUAAAGGUUUUGAGAGAG